AUGUCUUGGAACCAAUAUCCCGGUGGUGGUCAUCAUCAACAAGGUAAUGGAAAUGGUGGCUAUGGAUACGCUCCUCCUCCACCUCAACAAGGAGGAUAUGGAUAUGCCCCGCCUCCCCCUCUAGGAGGAGGAUACGGUGGACCGCCUGGUGGUGGAUGGGGUGGACCUCCUCCUCAAAUGGGGUAUGCACCUCCCCAACAAGAGUACAACAAUUAUAACAGACCUCCCCCACCUCAACAGCAUUACUCUGGUGGACAGGGAGGUUGGAUCCCACCUACUGGUGCACCCCCCGAACAUAAUUAUCAUCAGACCGGUGCUGGAUACAUGCCCCCCUCUGGACCGCCCCAAAGUGGAGCAUAUAAUAAUGCUUAUGGGAAUAAUGGGAAUAGGGCACCAGUGCGACCACCUACUCAAACUCAGCAUUAUGGUCCACAACUUCAUGGUCAGAAUGGCCAGAACGCUCAGCCUUACUUCCAAUAUUCGCAAUGUACUGGUAGGAGAAAAGCAUUAUGCAUCGGUAUCAACUACAUUGGCACUUCUCAAGCUCUAGCGGGAUGUAUCAACGAUGCUCAUAAUGUACAGAAAUUCUUGAUUGAGCGAUACAACUACAAAGCAGAAGAUAUCGUCAUGUUAACAGAUGACGCUAGAAACUCAAGACAAAUUCCCACCAGAAAUAACAUCAUCCAGGCUUGUCAAUGGCUGGUUCAAGGUGCUCAACCGAACGAUGCUUUGUUCUUCCACUACUCCGGUCAUGGUGGUCAGACCAAAGAUCUGGAUGGUGAUGAGGACGAUGGAUAUGAUGAGGUGAUUUAUCCUUUGGACCAUCAACAGGCGGGUCAUAUCGUUGAUGAUGAACGUGAACAUCAUCUACUGGUCAGACCUCUUCCUGCAGGAUGUAGACUCACUGCCAUCUUCGACUCCUGUCACUCUGGUUCAUGCCUCGAUUUACCAUACAUCUACUCCACGGAAGGUACCAUCAAAGAACCCAACCUUCUUGCUGAAGCCGGACAAGGAUUGCUGGGUGCAGGGAUGAGUUAUCUCAAGGGUGACACUGGAGGUAUGCUUAAAGGUCUCAUGGGCAUCGGUAAAAAUCUUGUCAACCAGAACUCGGACGCACGGAAGAAGACGCAAGAGACUAAGACUAGUCCUGCUGAUGUCAUCAUGUGGUCCGGUUGUAAGGACUCACAAACUUCCGCUGACACCCAAGAAGCCGGUAAAGCGACUGGGGCGAUGUCAUAUGCGUUCAUCGCUUCGCUGACUAAAUACCCUCAACAAAGUUAUGUUCAAUUGUUAAACACCAUCAGAGAUGAGUUGAAAGGCAGGUAUAGUCAGAAACCACAACUAUCUGCUUCUCAUCCUAUGGAUACCAACCUCUUGUUCAUCGCGUAA